GAGUGAAGCUUAAGAGGACAACAACUUUCUCCUUUGUUUCAAAUAUGGGGAAAAUGGCCUCUCUAGUUGCCACUCUUUUAGUGGUUUUAGUGUCACUUAGCUUAGCAUCUGAAAGUUUAGCAAAUUAUCAAUACUCAUCUCCCCCACCACCAAAGGAGCCAUACCACCCUUCACCAACACCAUAUCAUCCCGCACCGGUUUACAAAUCUCCACCGCCGCCAACUCCGGUUUACAAAUCUCCACCACCACCCAAAGAGCCAUACUACCCUCCACACACUCCGUUGUACAAGUCGCCACCACCACCCAAGGAGCCAUACUACCCUCCACACACCCCAGUCUACAAGUCACCACCUCCACCAACUCCUGUUUACAAGUCGCCACCACCACCCAAGGAGCCAUACUACCCUCCACACACCCCAACCUACAAGUCGCCACCUCCACCAACUCCCGUUUACAAGUCACCACCACCUCCAAAAGAGCCAUACUACCCUCCACACACACCAACCUACAAGUCGCCACCACCACCAAAUGAGCCAUACUACCCUUCCCACACCCCAACCUACAAGUCGCCACCUCCACCAACUCCCAUUUACAAGUCACCACCACCUCCCAAGGAGCCAUACUACCCUCCACACACACCAACCUACAAGUCGCCACCACCACCAAAUGAGCCAUACUACCCUUCCCACACCCCAACCUACAAGUCGCCACCUCCACCAACUCCCAUUUACAAGUCACCACCACCUCCCAAGGAGCCAUACUACCCUCCACACACACCAACCUACAAGUCGCCACCACCACCAAAUGAGCCAUACUACCCUUCCCACACCCCAACCUACAAGUCGCCACCUCCACCAACUCCCAUUUACAAGUCACCACCACCUCCCAAGGAGCCAUACUACCCUCCACACACACCAACCUACAAGUCGCCACCACCACCCAAGGAGCCAUACUACCCUCCACACACCCCAACAUACAAGUCGCCACCUCCACCAACUCUCGUUUACAAGUCGCCACCACCAUCCAAGGAGCCAUACUACCCUCCACACACCCCAACAUACAAGUCGCCACCUCCACCAACUCUCGUUUACAAGUCGCCACCACCAUCCAAGGAGCCAUACUACCCUCCACACACCCCAACAUACAAGUCGCCACCUCCACCAACUCUCGUUUACAAGUCGCCACCACCAUCCAAGGAGCCAUACUACCCUCCACACACCCCAACAUACAAGUCGCCACCUCCACCAACUCUCGUUUACAAGUCGCCACCACCAUCCAAGGAGCCAUACUACCCUCCACACACCCCAACAUACAAGUCGCCACCUCCACCAACUCUCGUUUACAAGUCGCCACCACCAUCCAAGGAGCCAUACUACCCUCCACACACCCCAACAUACAAGUCGCCACCUCCACCAACUCUCGUUUACAAGUCGCCACCACCAUCCAAGGAGCCAUACUACCCUCCACACACCCCAACAUACAAGUCGCCACCUCCACCAACUCUCGUUUACAAGUCGCCACCACCAUCAAAGGAUCCAUACUACCCUCCACACACCCCAACCUACAAGUCGCCACCUCCACCAACUCUCGUUUACAAGUCGCCACCACCAUCCAAGGAGCCAUACUACCCUCCACACACUCCAGUCUACAAGUCGCCACCACCACCAACUCCUGUCUACAACUCUCCUCCACCACCUUACUAUCUUUACACUCCCCCUCCUCCCUACCAUUACUAAGAAGCCACUUCAUUAUAUCGAGGAAAAGUAGAAUGGUGAGCUGAAAGAAAGGUAUUUUCCAUUUUCAAGAGACAAUGAAAAAAAGAAGAAAGUUAUAUUAUAGUAAAUAAUAAGCCCCACAUAAGGCGAAGUUCUUUUGUAGCUUCAUGUUAUCUAAGCUAGUGAUAUUGUUUGUAUUUUUACUUUUAUGUCUUUGUGUAUGUUUGCUCAGUUUCAAUCUCCUUGCAAAAUGCAGAGAUUAAUUAUGAGAUGAAUAAAAUAAGUUAUUACUACU